UCCUGUUUAAGGGAGAUAUAAAAACUUGUUGGAAGAAUCAAGAGGAGAUAUUCUCUUUUCACUCAGCAGCGGUUGGAAUUAAACAAAAUGUUUCAAUAAUCUAGUAACCUCUCAAAGGAUUACUAGAUUUCUUUUUUCGAUCCAUCUGAAGUUCUGAGAUUGAACUAAAGCUACAAGAUUUCCAUGAUGGCUUACCUGAAAAGGCUAUAUGCCAUCAUUGUACUCUUAUCCUUGCAUCGUGUCGAUUCAAGAACUUCAAUGGAAUUGGAGCGAAAUGUGUUGAACACUAUCUUUGAAGGUUAUGACCCCACCAUUCGCCCAACUGGAGCAAAUGGCACAGGACCUGUUGUGGUGAAAAUCAACACGUACAUAAGAAGCUUGAGCAACAUGGAUGAUGUCAAAAUGGUGUACGAUGCACAGGUGACUUUCAGGCAGUCCUGGGUGGAUGAAAGAUUGAAGUAUGGUGAAAGAGGUAUCUCUUACGUCAGCCUUUCAUACCCGGAAAAACUUUGGAUUCCAGACCUGUUUUUCUCUAAUGAAGACACCGGACAUUUCCAUAACAUGAUCACCCCAAACAAUUUGAUUCGAAUCUAUCCUGAUGGAACCAUUCUCUACAGCACUAGAAUUUCUUUGAGAUUGUUUUGCCCCAUGGAUUUGAGAAAUUAUCCAAUGGACAGGCAGGCAUGCAAACUGAUAUGUGCCAGCUAUGCAUACACCACAGAAGAUCUCAUAUUUGAAUGGAAAGAGUUCGAUCCUGUUCAGAUAUCAAAGAAUGUUGUCGCAAGUUUGCCUAAAUUCACAAUGGAUUCAUUCCGUACUGACUACUGCACCAGUAAAACAAACACAGGAGAGUACAGCUGUCUGUAUCUAGAGAUGGAAUUUUCAAGAAACUUCUUCUACUAUUUGGAGCGUUGUUACAUGCCCACGAUGGCUCUGGUUAUGCUUUCUUGGGUUGUUUUUUGGUUGAAUCCAAGAUGCACCAACAUUCGAUUAGGAAUCUGGGUUGCCAUUCUGAUUGCCAUUACCAUUGUCACUACUUCUAUUAAUUCUAACAGCCCAGAAGUGUCAUACACAAAGGCAAUGGAUGUUUGGAUGGGCACUUGCGUGGCCUUCAUCUUCUGUGUAUUGUUGGAGCUGUGCUUGGUAAACGACGCUGUCACAAAAGAGGAGAAAACUUACGUUUUGAAGAAUCAGUUGGCUUCGGAAGAAUCUGCAACCGAGAAGAUGGAUCGACUUACAAGUUACAAAACUCCUCCAUUGCGAUGGCUGAAUAAGUAUUCGACACGGGCUCAAAGAAUUGAUGUUAUAUCCCGCUUCUUUUUCCCGGCCAUGUUUGCAUUCUUCAACUUUGUUUACUGGAUUGCAUAUGCUGCCAAACGCCCUUAAGAAGCUCAUUCGACUUCAAAAGUAAUCAUGAUGAAAGAUGAUUUAGUUUUAUUUUUAAAAAUUCUUAUAUUUUCUUGAGAUAAGUUGAACCUGACUAUUUUAUAUGUAUCUACUUUUAAAAAAAUUUUGUUAUUCCUUUCAUUUUACUCAUUAUAAGGCGAUUUCGUAAUUCUUGUAAAUCUUUCUACCCUUUAUUAUAUGCUGUACAUUUUUUAUUUUGUUGCAUAAAAUUUCAUGAUAUUUAUAAUUUGUGUAUUCCCUCAAAAAGUCAAAUAUGAGGCAAAUGUUUCUUCAUUUAUAUAAGUAUGUAUUUUUAUUUUAUAUAUCGUUUUAAUCCAGUUUUGUUAUAUACAUCUAUAUUUUAUAGUAAAAUGAAUACUCAUGGAUACUCAUUAUGAGGUUAAAAUAAUUUUUUUCAGAAUAUACUUAAUCAGUAUGUAUUGAGGCAAUUAAAAGAUAUGAUGACUUGUAGUUUUAAAUCAUGGAUUUUAGAAAUAUUCCAUUUAGCAAUGGAUCUUAGAAAUGUCAACGAAUAAUAAACGGUUUCCCUUAGGGAAAGUUUGUUCUUUAUAAUUUUAAAACAUAGUGCAUGAUGAUAUUUCUUUCUAUGUAUUUCAGAACACAUAUUGAAAAUAAAAGUAAAU